CAAGGACAGUUACGCUGACAUGGCCACUUCUCUACACUGCAAACGAUCUCUUGCAAGGAAUAGCAGCUUUCUGUGCACAUGGAUAAGGCCGCCCUGCAAAAACCCGUUCCUUGGGUUAUUGUCUAUUUCCCGUACAGCAACAACUACAACAAAGAAAAAGAGACCUCAUACUUUCGAUUCUACCAGCCACAGAAACAGAGCUAUUCCUGUCAACUCUCAGUUUGAUCGGGUUGCUGUUACUGCUGCUAAUAACUUCAAUGCUUCCAAUGCCUACGCUGACAAAGCUAUUCUGCCGACUCGGGAUUGGGAUAAAAAAAACCUCAUUGGACUUUCUUUAACUCAACUCCAGGAUGAAUUGAAAGUAGUACCAGGAGUCAAGUCAUAUACUGCUUCACAGAUCUGGCGGUUUUUAUAUCAGCGAGGCGUAUUGACUAUCGACGAGAUGCUCAAUAUCCCCAAGGAGGUGAAAGAGGUCUUGAAAAUGAAAUACACUAUUGACUAUGGACGGAUCGUGUCCGACCAUGUCUCACCUAAUGAUGGAACCAGAAAGCUUUUGAUAGGGUUCCAGGAUCUUAAGACCAAGGUUGAAUCCGUUUUCAUCCCCAUGAAUGGCCCACGAGGCACCCAAUGCAUCAGCAGUCAGGUCGGCUGCUCUUUAGCUUGCACAUUUUGUCAUACAGGGACUCAGAAACUGUUGAGAAAUUUGACGGCGGGUGAAAUUGUUGGACAAUAUAUGAUUCCCGCCAAGGAUUAUGGUGAUCUACCGCUGCUCAAGAACUCUCAGCGCAAAGUCAACAACAUUGUUUUCAUGGGUCAGGGAGAGCCAUUCUACAAUUGGAGAAAUGUCAAGCAAGCAAUUGAGAUUCUUACUGAUAAAGAUGGGAUUGGUUUACCAAAAAGCAAGAUCACAGUCUCAACUUCUGGUGUCGCUCCAGGAAUAGCCAAGUUGGCGGAGUUGGGUGGUAUUGGUCUUGCUAUCUCAUUACAUGCCACAAAUGAUCGCCUUCGAGAUGAGAUUGUCCCUAUCAAUAAAACCUUUCCGAUCCGUGUUUUAAUGAAAGCCUGUGCAGAGUAUGCAGAAGCGAUGAAGAGCUGCAAUCGUGACAGCCAAAGGAUUACUUUUGAAUAUGUCAUGCUCAAGGAUGUAAACGACAGUUUCCAAGAAGCUAGAGCGCUGGCAGACUUGCUAAGAGAUAUCCCUUCUCAUGUCAAUUUAAUCCCAUUCAAUCCAUGGCCGGGUAGUCAUUAUGUUAGCUCUCCUCGAGAUCAUAUCGUUGGAUUCUCUAGGAUCGUUGAGAGCCUAGGCGUACCAACUACGAUUCGCUGGCCUCGCGGCUUGGAUAUUAUGGGGGCCUGUGGACAGUUGCGUACAAGCCAUGAACAGAAAGAAAGCAGGAAGAUAGCAGUAACCCUUUGAUCAUUUAUUUUUACAUUUGUAUCAUCUGCACUUAUCCCAGUCAUUAUCAUUAUAUUUAUAUGAAGCAACCGUAUAAAAAAAAAAUGCAUUCAGAUGUGGCUUGCCCGG